AUGAAUCCAGAAGAGAAAAAAACUUUUGAUAAUACAUCAAGUUCUUAUUUAUCAUUAAAAGCUGAAUUAUUACGUAAAAAACAAGAUAUUCAACGAGCAUCAUCAGCAUCUAUAUCUUCCACAGCUAUACUUGAUAAUUUACAAUCAACAUCAAGUUCAUUAAAACUUAAAGCAAAACCAGACUUAGAUAUUGAAAUUGUUAAUCCAUCAAAAAAGAAAAAGAAAAAUGAAGAAAUUAUUUCUCCUCCUCCAUCAUCAUCUUCAACUUUAUCUCGUGACGAUGAAAUAGUUUUUGCUAAAUCACGUGCAAUUCUUGAAGCAAAAUCAAAAUUAUAUGAUGAAAUAAUGUCCAAUAGUGAAAUGAAAUUAUUAGCGGAAGAUGAUGGUGAUGAUGAUAAUGAUAAAUCAUUUCUUGUUGAUUUUGAACGAAAAAUUUAUGAAACAAAUCAAAAUAAUAAUAAAAUUGAAUAUACAGAUUCAUUUGGACGUACACGUUUAGUUACAUCAGAUGAAUAUGAACAACUUAAAGCAUCGGAUAAGAAAAAAUCUUAUGAUAGAAUUCAAUCAAAUACAACUGAAAAUGAAAUUGAUCGUGUUGAACGUUUACAUCGUGAACAAAUGCGUAGUAAAUGGGAAUCAGACAUGGAAGCAAUAAGAAAUAAAACUCAUUUACAUUAUCAAGAUGUUUUAUUUGAUGAAAAACGUGAACAUGGUGUUGGUUAUUAUAAUUUUUCUACAGAUGAUAAACAACGUGCUGAACAAAUGGAAACAUUAAAUGAAUUAAGAACAAGUACAAAAAUUGAACAAACAAAAUUUAUGCAAGAAAAAGAAAAACGACAAUUAAAUAUGGCUGAACGUUUAAAUAAAAUACGAUUAAGAAAAGCGAAAGAAAUGGGUAUCAAUUUACCAGAAAAUAAUCUAAAUAAUAAUGAAACAAUAUUAGAAUGUACAGAAAAAUCACAAAUAGAAUCAGAUAUUAAAGAAUUGCCGAAUGCUACGAUUAAUACAAAAGAAAAAAUUGACAAAUCAGUAUCUAUUGAAACGAAUGAAGAAAAACCAACAGGAUCAACCCAUUCAAACAUCAUACAGUCAACAAAAUUACAAAUAUCGGAACAGACGUUGCAAACGACUCCUACUCAACAUCAACAACUAUCGCUUCAAAACAAUAAUCCAACAUUACAAAAAUCAAAUUCAUCUUUUGCUUACCCAUUUCCUGUCAUGCGAGCUAGUAACACUUCAUCAUCAAUAUCUAAUAAACAUUAA